AUGAAAAACAACAUUUACUAUUAUAAUUUUGCCUUGAAAGAUUACGGUAGCGCUACGGUGGGAAAACUUUUGGACAUGGUCAAAGUUGUAGCUUUCGCUGUGCAAGAAGGAAGAGUUGCCAUUCACUGUCAUGCCGGUAAAUCGAUUUUUCGUACAAUGCAUUUGACCCAGUUACAUCCUUUACAGUUAUCAUAGUUUUUUAAAUGUAUGAUAGUGUGAGAGCAAUGUGGAUGAAUAAAUUAAUUUUCGAAAACACCGUUUCCUAAAUAGAAAAUCUCA